CCUCGUUGUGCACCAGAACUGUGAUGUGGAAAUAGAGAGAGGGAGAUAGAGAAAUAAGGAAUUCGACGUGAAUUUCUGUUGCAGCCACAGGAUCGUGGUCGUUGAGUUUGUGAGAGAGUGAAACUCAUUACUAAGAGAAGUAGAAAGUACUCGAAUGAAUUGAGGAAUUUUCAUCUAAAAGUUAAUGUUUUGAGGUGGGUGUACUCGUAAAAUGGACAACAACAAUCAACUUUCUCCUAAUCUAAACAAAACCCCUGAUGAAAUGGAUAGGCCAACUGAUAACGAAGGUGUUGCCGAGAUGGACCAUGCCCAAGGUGUUGAUGAGUGUGGGAUGUAUAACAUCACUCCAUGCAGCCCAACUAUGGAUGUAUCAUUGGAACGGCUAGGCAUAUGCCCUCGUCAAGACGCAGCUCAUCCCACUUUCACCACUCCGGAGUCACGUAUGGAGUCAUACUCUUCAUGGCCUCUGCAUAUUAAGUUACGCCCAGGAGCUCUUUGUGAUGCAGGAUUUUAUUACACUGGAAAAGGUGACAAAACUGUCUGCUUCCAAUGUGGAGGAGGUCUAAAAGACUGGGAGGAAAAUGAUGAUCCCUGGAAGGAACACGCUAGGUAUUUUCCCAAAUGUACAUACCUAAUCCAAAAGCAAGGCCGGGACUUCAUCAAUGAAGUUCUCGGAAAGAAUUGUCGUCAGGCUCUAAAUGUGCCCAUUCCAGAAGAUGCCCAGUCAGUUAAUGUUACAGCAGCUGCUUCUAGCUUGGAAGAAAGCUCUUCCAUGCCUGAGGUUUCAUCAAGUGAUGUAGGAAGUAGUGGUUACGGAAGUGGUGGCAGUUUUGCUGAUGAAGCCUCCAGUUCUCAAGAGGCAAGCAAACCUGCGACAAAAGUGCUAACUGAUCAGACAGCUUGCAAAAUUUGUUAUGCUGAAGAAAUCGGGGUUGUGUUUUUACCGUGUGGACACUUGGUCUCAUGUGUUAAUUGUGCUCCAUCACUGAAGACCUGUGCUGUGUGUCGAAAGCCGUUUUCUGCUACAGUUAGGGCAUAUCUAUCUUAAAUCAAAUCCAUUAUGUAAUGCACAAUGACUGGUUCUUUCCCUUUUUUUUCUCUCAAGUGUGUUUGUGUGUGUGUUUGUUGUGAAUUGAGUAUUUUUAAUUUGUGCUUUUGUGCUUUUCUAUGAAGGAAUUUGAUUGUUGCAAUUUUUACUGGUGUGUGUACUAUGUAGAACCCCUUUUGCCUUGUAUAUGGAUCUCAAUGAACUUAAAAGCACUGUAAGCUUUUCUUCAAAAUGUAUGUAUUUCUGUAUAUUGUACAUGGGUUCAGCUAUAGUUUUAUUUUGUGUCUUUCCUGAUAUACUUCUAUGUAUUUCUACUUUGUACAAAAAAGUUGUCUUUAUUAAUUGUUGGCCAGGUGGAGGAACAAUGUGACGAAGUCCGAUCGUGAGGUAUAUUGACUAAAUCAAGUUUAGCCUGUAGGAGGCUUAAAGUAUCUAGCUGCAAAAAUGUCUGCAUUUUCCCCCUGUUAAAUGAAUAUUCCCAGAAUAUUCUUAGAAGCCAAAGCCUUCACAACUUUGUGAUAUUUUGUGACUGAUUAAGUUGCAGAUGUGAUUUUGAUAUUUUUGAGCAUCUAAGUCAUAGUAUAAAACCCUUUUUUUUAUUUUUUACAGUAUGAUGCAAGAUCACCAAUUCUUUACUGGUGUUGAAUUUAAACACCACUCCCUGUAUGAGUCGUGGAAUCUCUUUUGUCUCGUAUUUUUAUGCCUAGUAUUUUUUUUUUUUUUUUUUAAUUUUUUUGUCUUACAAUCAUGUAGGGUGUAGGCAAAAUAUUUUCUUGUAUAUAUAUGUACUUGUAGAGGCUCUGAAGUAGAGCAAGACUUGCUUAUUUGAUCCUUCGUUAACUCCAGUUUUCAUUAAAGUCUAUUCUGUUAAAAAAAGGUAUCUAAAGUCUGCAUGACAUUCCUGCACCUAUGACCCCCUUUUGUCUUGUUUUUAAAUAGUAGCUGUAAGUGGUAUUAUAUGUAGUCUUUGUAAGUUGAGAUGUAACAAUCAUGUAUUAAAGGAAUGUUUUCCUUUUGAAUUUAUUUGAUUCUGUGCAAAACUGAAAAAUAAACUUAAAUUACCACAUUA